AUGACAUCGUCAGCACAAACAAAUGAUCAACAUUCCAGAAAACCAGUAACUAGUAUCAAAGGAUUCUGUCUUGGAGGAGGUACUAAGGUAGUGACGACGCUGGGGAAACGUCGGCGUCUAAACGCUGCCGACGAAAGUGACUCUGACAAUGCACCCGACAGCUGCCGUGAGCAGCACCAGGCCGUCAGUGGGUUCGGAGAAGAGGGCGCAAUUCCUGUAGUAACGACGACGACGACGACGAAAACAACAGGCCCGCUUGUAAUUGCGCGGUUGGAGAAUCGCGACUGGAAGAGCGCGGCGCGCAUCCGACGGCACGGUGGGCAGCUUGUCACGCAUACCACAGCGCCCUCAACAACAGCUAUAGAUAUUAAACAAGAUGAGACCGAAAGAGACUUAAGUGAUGCAGAGAAAAUACAGUGGGGUCUCAGCGUGCAUCCUCGGAGGCCUGGGAGAGAUAUUGACACAGCUGGCCAGCAAACCACGACUCCCUCUACCAUAACCUGCCCCCUCACGCCGGCCUCAAGUAAGGCUAUCCAAAAAUCUUCUAGCCUCGAGGAAGAAGCACUCGAAGCUCUUUUGAGCCAUGACGAAGUGGUUAAACGGCCAGAACUCAUUAUCGCGACCGAACUGGCAUCCGCGAAUUCAUACACAAUUUCGGAACACGAUGCAUUCAAGCAGGCCGUAGCAGCUGCACCCGACGUCUCGUCGCUGGAAGACUAUGAGCGAGUCCCGGUAGAGGAAUUUGGAGCUGCCUUGCUGCGAGGUAUGGGCUGGAAUGGGGAGAAAGUAGAGAGAGUAAGGGAUAUCAAACGCCGACAAAAUUUACUAGGACUUGGAGCCAAGGAAUUAAAAGAAGCGGAAGAAUUGGGCGCAUGGGUUAAUAAGAGCGAUACGAAGAGACUGAAUGCCGCUAGUGCUCGGCGGCACGAUGGGAAGCCCCGGCCCCCGAAGACCGGUGACUACUGGCGGGAAGAAGAACAAAGAAGAGAGCGCCGGGAAGAGAGGAGCGGAGGAAGUUAUAGAAGAGGAGGGGAAUAUGAGAAAGACUACCGUCGCGAAGCAUAUCAAGAUAGGUAUCGAGAUCGGAAGAGGUAG